CAUUCUGCUGGCGCUCUCGCUCUCUUACACACACACACCACACACACACACACACACACCCGCUCCGGCCCCUCUCCGUGUGUCUUCCUUCAAGAUGACAGGGCGCUGGAGAAAAGGCUGCUGGAAUCAGCUGGUGAAAGCCCGGCCUCCGCGGUUCUUAAUGCCUCAGCAGGAUUAUUUUCACUAAAGAUGGAAACACUGGAGUCUGAAUUGACCUGUCCAAUCUGCCUAGAGUUGUUUGAAGACCCCCUUCUGCUCCCUUGUGCUCACAGCCUCUGCUUCAGCUGUGCCCAUCGCAUCUUGGUCUCAAGCUGCAGCUCCGGUGAAUCCAUUGAACCCAUUACUGCUUUCCAGUGUCCUACGUGCAGGUAUGUUAUCUCACUGAACCACCGGGGCCUGGACGGUCUCAAGAGAAAUGUGACUCUGCAGAACAUUAUUGACCGCUUUCAGAAGGCUUCCGUCAGUGGACCCAAUUCCCCAAGUGAGAGCCGCCGAGAGAGGACUUACAGGCCCAGCAGCGCCAUGUCUAGUGAGCGAAUUGCGUGCCAAUUCUGUGAGCAGGACCCACCAAGGGAUGCAGUGAAAACGUGCAUCACUUGUGAGGUCUCCUACUGUGACCGUUGCCUGCGGGCUACACACCCCAACAAGAAACCUUUCACCAGCCACCGCCUGGUGGAACCAGUGCCAGACACGCAUCUUCGAGGGAUCACCUGCCUGGACCAUGAAAAUGAGAAAGUGAAUAUGUACUGUGUAUCUGAUGACCAAUUGAUCUGUGCCUUAUGCAAACUGGUGGGGCGUCACCGAGACCAUCAGGUCGCAUCCCUGAAUGAUCGGUUUGAGAAGCUCAAGCAAACUCUGGAGAUGAACCUCACCAACCUGGUUAAGCGCAACAGUGAACUAGAAAAUCAAAUGGCCAAGCUAAUACAGAUCUGCCAGCAGGUUGAGGUGAAUACCGCUAUGCAUGAGGCAAAACUUAUGGAAGAAUGUGACGAAUUGGUAGAAAUCAUCCAGCAGAGGAAGCAAAUGAUUGCUGUCAAAAUCAAAGAGACAAAGGUUAUGAAACUAAGAAAGUUGGCACAGCAGGUUGCUAAUUGCCGCCAGUGUCUUGAACGGUCAACAGUCCUCAUCAAUCAAGCCGAGCAUAUCCUGAAAGAAAAUGACCAGGCACGGUUUCUCCAGUCUGCAAAAAAUAUCGCUGAGAGGGUCGCUAUGGCAACUGCAUCUUCUCAAGUUCUGAUUCCAGACAUCAAUUUUAAUGAUGCCUUUGAAAACUUUGCUUUAGAUUUUUCCAGAGAAAAGAAACUGCUGGAGGGGCUAGAUUAUUUAACAGCCCCCAACCCACCAUCUAUCCGAGAGGAACUCUGUACUGCCUCCCAUGACACCAUUACGGUCCACUGGAUCUCGGAUGAUGAGUUCAGCAUCAGCUCCUAUGAGCUUCAGUACACCAUAUUCACUGGCCAGGCUAACUUCAUCAGUAAGUCAUGGUGUAGUUGGGGCCUGUGGCCAGAGAUAAGGAAAUGUAAGGAAGCAGUAAGCUGCUCAAGAUUGGCCGGGGCGCCACGAGGCCUGUAUAAUUCUGUGGAUAGCUGGAUGAUCGUGCCCAACAUCAAACAGAACCAUUACACAGUCCACGGACUGCAGAGUGGAACACGCUACAUCUUCAUUGUUAAAGCCAUAAACCAAGCAGGAAGCCGGAACAGUGAACCUACCCGACUCAAGACAAACAGCCAACCCUUUAAACUGGAUCCCAAAAUGACUCACAAGAAGUUGAAGAUUUCCAAUGAUGGAUUGCAGAUGGAAAAGGAAGAAAGCUCUCUGAAGAAGAGCCAUACCCCAGAGAGGUUUAGUGGCACUGGGUGCUAUGGGGCAGCAGGAAAUAUAUUCAUUGACAGCGGUUGCCACUACUGGGAGGUGGUCAUGGGGUCCUCCACAUGGUAUGCAGUUGGCAUUGCCUACAAAUCAGCUCCCAAGAAUGAAUGGAUUGGCAAGAACGCCUCCUCGUGGGUCUUCUCGCGAUGCAAUAGUAACUUCGUUGUGAGACAUAACAACAAGGAAAUGCUGGUGGACGUGCCUCCACAGUUGAAGCGCCUGGGUGUCCUUCUGGAUUAUGACAACAACAUGCUGUCUUUCUAUGACCCAGCUAACUCUCUCCAUCUUCAUACUUUUGAUGUGACCUUCAUUCUUCCCGUUUGUCCAACAUUCACAAUCUGGAACAAAUCCCUAAUGAUCCUGUCUGGCUUGCCUGCCCCAGAUUUUAUUGAUUACCCUGAGCGGCAGGAAUGCAACUGCAGGCCUCAAGAAUCCCCUUACGUUUCUGGGAUGAAAGCUUGCCAUUAAGUUUCAAGAGAGCAUGUAAUAAUUCACUGGCUCUCCAGUUCAGCAGUGCUUCCCCUCCUAAACCUCAGUUAGUAUCCAAUAUACAGGAUACAAAAAUGAAGUUCAUUUGAAGCAUCCAAAAGAACUAGAUAUUAUAGAUUUAAUUUUUGUGCAUUAAAGCUUGUAUUUGAAUUAAUGUAUUGAGUUUCUCAGAACAAAUUAUGAGUAGUCUGGGUUCAAGCCAUUGGAGAACAAAUUUGGAGAAUUCUUCUGUCAUUGAAUAAUUCAAAAUUCCCAGUGAUUUAGGAGUAUAAAUGAUAUUGGAAGUAAUUCUAGGUAAAUAAUGUAUAAAGAUGCUCUGAACAAGGGGCUAGUCAGCCAGAAAGCAGGGAUUCAUCAGCCUUUCUAGUACUGGCUGAUUUGGUCACGUAGAAUUUUGAAAUGUCAAAUGAUCCCAUAUUAUAUGUAGCUUUUUAUGAAAACCUACAAUCAAGGAUUUAUUAUAAAGAAAACAUGUAUGUGUAUAUAUAAUAUAUAUAUAAAAUGAAUAAAUAAUAUAUAUUAUAUAUUCAUUUUAUAAUUAUAUAUACAUAAUGAACUUUUAAAUUUACUCAUUUGAGUGAGAAAUAUACUGGAAUGGAAAAUAAAUUAUACCAUCCAUUUUUGUCCCCUAAAGGGAACAUCAAAAUCAUUUCUCCCCUCCCUCCAUUCAUCCCUCCCUUCUUCCCUCUGCUCACACACACAUGCACAUGCAAUAAUGACAUAGAUGGUGGGAAGAGCUCUAGAUUGGAUUAGGAGACAUAGGGAGACAAGACUGCACAAGAGAUGCUCUUGCUGGAUAGAAAAUUGAUCCAGGUAGUUGUGUUAUGUGUAGCACACUUUCAUUGGUGCUACCUAAUAGAGAAGGUCUGUCUGAACUGUUAAAAAUUCUGUCACAGAAUAUUUCGAAGAAAUACAGUUUUACUAGUCUCAAGUAGCAUACAGUUACUAGAAUUAGGCUUAAAAAAACAAGAGUUGCAUAAUGGAAGUUCUUUAGGAACCUGCUUUCUUUACUUAAUGAGUAAGAAUGGAGUGUUGUAGAUGCAACAGCUAUUUCCAUAUAAAUGGACUUAUAUUUUCAGAUAAAACACUUCUGAAGUGCUUAAGAAUGCCUGAGAAUAGUCUGUUUUCUUAAACAGGUUGAAUAAUCAUUCUUCUCCUGAUCUUGUUUACACUAUUCAUUUGCUUAGCCAACCCCUUCAUGGCAAAUGCAGAUGUAAACUUCAACCCAGUCCUUAUUGCAAUCAUUGAAGGGAAUUAAGCUUUAUGGUCGACGCUUCUGUCAGUUCCUCUUCUGUAAUUGGGAGUGUCAGCACCAGAGCUCUCUCCUUUCAGGAGCUAAGUCGGCUUCAAAGAGUCUACUUCUUGGGAGUUGUGAAAAUAUUACUGUCAUAUAACGUGGUAGUUGUAACAAGCCCCCAGAUUGGAGCCUUGAAACAAUGCCAAAACUUCUCCCCCUCUUCCUUUCCACCACCUUGGUGGACGUUCAUUCAUUCAUUCAUUCAACAAGUUAUUAGAUGCCAGGUACCACGCUAGAGCUGACAUAUUAAUAAUCCACAGUUCCUGCUGUCGAAUGACUUACUAUUCUGCAGGAGAGACAAAAUAUCUAUAAAAAUCCCCUAAAUAAGUUUUGUAUUGUUUGUACACCUAACAUGGAAAGCAAGACUGAUUCAGAUACAGAUGGCAGGCUCAAACUUACCUAUCUAGUGGCAAAGUCAGUAUUUGGGGUUUUAAAAACCCUACAUACUUACUGCUAAUCAGGAAACAAGCAACCUCAGUAAGGUUCAGCAGUGCUGGGAAAUAGUUUGCUGUGUGGGAAAGCUCAUCAUAGCCUUUGAAUUAAAAUAAUCGAUUUCCUCUGCCAUUUACUAGCUGUGUGACCCAGGGCAAGUACUUCACUUCUUUGAGCCACUGUUUCCUCUUCUAUACAAUAAUACCUACCUCACAAGGCUGUUUGCAAAGAUGAAAAAAGAUAGCACAUGUAAACUGCUUAGCACAACACCUGGCAUUUAGUUAAGUAUGGCAUUAGUAUGGCAUACUUAACUAUGAAGCGUGGCAUUUUGCUAAGUAUGCAACAAAUAUUACUCUCCUUUGCUCGGCCUCAGCCCCAAUACAGUGUAGCAGUGCUUUAAAAUGGAUGUCUUUCAUUUCUAAGUUAACUCUGGGUCUCUCUCUCCUCUAGGGCCUAUGCCCAAAUUCUUAAACAAAACAGAUGAUUUCAACCCCUUCAUAAAACAUUUCACUGACAUUCAAUAGAAAGUCCCAGUUACUUACAGUUUGGCUUUUCAAGUCCCUAUUUGCUUUCACAGUUUCAUCUUUUGCCACCUUCCCCCUCACACUGAUUGCUCUAGCCAAGCUUAACUAUUUACACAAGUUAUUCUCUGGGCCUGGAAUAGAGACAUUAGUAACUGUUUUGAUGUCCAGAGUAAACAGCAGGAAUUGUUCUUAAAGUAAGGGAAUAGUGUGAAAAUGCUGUCAAUGCAGAACACUCCACCUCCAUCCCAGUUCCAAUUUUCUUUAAGUUAACCUAGGAUCUCCGGUGUAUUGGAGAAGGAAAUGGCAACCCACUCCAGUGUUCUUGCCUGGAGAAUCCCAGGGACGGGGAAGCCUAGUGGGCUGCUGUCUGUGGGGUCGCACAGAGUUGGACACAACUGAAGUGACUUAGCAGCAGCAGCAGGGUCUCCGGUGCCAUUCAUUUUUUGUGCCUUUAUAUUGUAGUGCCCUGGGACAAAGCUUCAUUGUCUCCACCCUACUUUUGACUCUAGCCUGGACUACCUUUCCCCACUUCUGCCCCACAAUAGAUUUAAUUCCUGAACCCCUAGGCUGGGUUACGUUUGCCUCUUGGGAGCUCCCAUGGCACCAUGACCAUGCCCCCUUCUCAGCAAUAAUCACAUUGUAUAACAGUGUUUUUCAAAGUGUGAUCCUCAGACCACCUGUUAGAAUUAUUUUUGGUGUUUGUUAAAACAGUUGAUUUUUAAAGUAGACCUCCAACCUAGAUCUACUUAAUUAAAAUGUCUGGGCACAUAAGUGGAAUUUAGCAUUUUUAACAAGCUCCCCCAGGUAAUUCUGAUGCAUACCAAGGUUUGACAUUAAGAAUCAUCCUCCCUCCUAGACUGUGAAUACCUUGAGGGCAGGGGUUGUGUCUUUUUUGUUGUGGUAUUUUUAACACCUGACAUAGUGUGUGGAACAGAGUAGUUGCCUGGCUAAUGUUAAUUGUGUGAAUGUAUGAAUGAAUGAAUGAAUAAUCAAAGUUUCCCUGUUGUACUCUGAUAUCCAUAUUGGUGUUUGUUGUUUUCUGGGCAGAAAAGCUUGGCUACUCCAUUUGAGCUGUACUGAUAUUAUUUUGCAGAUGUCUCAGAACUCAUACAUAUAAAUGAGUAUUGUCUUCCUCAAAAGCUCUUGGGGAAUUGUUUGGAAUUAUUUGGAGCAUGUGGCACAAUUGUUUUCAAUAAUUUUUCAGUCUCUUCAAACUUUGUUCUUUGAAUGUGGUUUUAUGUUUUGGUUAUUGCCAAAAAUCACUCAGAGCUAAGCCUACUGAAUCAAGUAGGAAAUUAAACUGGGUUUGGGGUAAGCAAUGAAGUUUCUGAGCCAAAUAAUGAAAAGUACGUUCCAAAAAAAUGGUGACAAAAGUAUUUGGUGGGGAUAUGGUGAAUCCCAGAUACUUCAGUAAACUUAAGGACUUUCAUAGAAUUCCGGCAAUUUCAGGUACAUUAGAGAUGUCAUUGACUACCUCUAGCUAAACCCAGUUGGACAAAGGAAGUAAGACCUUUAUUUAACAUCUUCAAGGAAGGUGACUGCAUAAGUUUUCAUUGUUGCUGUCCUCAGUCUGUUCUCCUACAAUCCUUUCUCCUAGCAAAUUAUUCUUUUGUCUGCAAUUUAUGCUUAUUUUCACUUUUUAUAUUGUCUCAUUGAAAGAAGCACAAAAAUAACAAUAAAGUUAAACAUGUUUUGAGAAUAUGAAAGAAAUUUUAAUGCCACAUUGGAGUUCUGGCUACUUGUAUGUAAGAGUAACUGCAUCUGUAUGUGUUUUUAUCAUGUGAUUCCAUUGUGUAAACUCUGGAUGCAGUGACUUUCAAAUUGCAGCAAAAUCACAUCUAUGUUCUUCUCAGCUAAAGUAUACUAGAUGAAUUUUCUAAGCUUCCAUGGUUUACAUAUUUAUAUAUGACUACCUGGAUGGAGAAAUCCACGGAUGGACUUUUUGAUAAGCGCAAAUAUUUGAUACCAUUUCUUCUACAGAAUGGAGAAUGUGAGGCUGACAGAUGAGAACCUCUCCCACACUUAUUUCAAUUCCUGAAGCCAACUGCAGCCUCACAGCCAUUGGGCUGUACUUGGCUGUGUAUUUCAGGUUGGCCAGGUUGACUGCCAUCAGGUCAGGUGAAACUGCCUUCUACAAUCUGAUCUGCCAGCUUCAGACAUAUGCUAUGUCAUUGUUGUUGGCUAGAAUAUUUAUUGGACUAUUGUUGGACUAUUUUUUAUCAAAUAUUUUAUCCCAGGCUUGUUUGCCCUGGGAGCUCUGGACCAAUAGUGUCUCUCCUAGUGACAGAAACCUGAGCAUCUGUGGAUUACACAGCCUCAUCCCUCUAAAAUAUCCCAGCCCAUCCAAAAAUGCUAUAUUAUGAAUCAAAUAAAUAUAUAUG